CAAAAGAUAUAGGGUGGGUGUUAAACGAUAUUAAGUGUAUUGGUUAGAUAAACCGCAGUUGUGUCGACAAAUUUGAAACGUAUUACUUUAACUUUAUUGACGGAGUAAGUUAUAUUGGAUUUGAUAUUUUUAUUAAAAGGCUGUUUAACAAGGAUAUGUGAAUCUUGAUGAACAACUUUACGAAAUGGUGCUAUGCGAGUAUGUAAAGCGUAACUGAUACUUAGUGUAAAUUAUGGCGAUGGAACGUGAAGUGGUAUCAAAUAUAGACCCGUGUAAUUCAAUCAAGGAAUCGCGAACACCAACAAAGACUUAUACCUUAGAUGCUACCAUCAGUGAGGCAAGACUAGUUAGUGACAUUUUAAUUUUGCCUCUUCUGGACCUUAUAAAUAUAUAUAUUACUUUCUUACAUCAAAAUCAACUGAAAAAUAAUGAAAAUAAAAGUAUUCGUAAUUUUGGCACUGAGUGCGUUUAUGAAGUGCGCCAAUUGCCUCUGGGCGAUCACAUAUACAGCAGACAGUGGAUUGACCUGCUACCUAUGCCCACCAGGAAUGUUCUUCGUAAAAGACUGUUCGCAGGACUAUGAAACAGCGGUUUGCAGCCCGUGUCCGAAUGGACAUUACAAAGCAAUAUAUGGUAAGGCCGAUAAGUGUCAGCCUUGUUCUUCCGUAUGUCCGAAUACGAAUUAUGAAUCACCUGCCGAUCAACCGGAAAUUAUCACUGCCAACUGCACGAGUACGACAGACAUAAAAUGUGAGUGCAAGCCAGGAUUUUGGCGGGAGGGUGUAUUCCACGGCAUGUGUCGAAGAUCAAAGUUGUGUGAAGAAGGGCACGGUGUAAAAGCAUUAGCCACGGGCAACGCUGACACCAUCUGCGAACCGUGUGAGCCCGGUCAGACGUUUUCAAAUAAAUCGUCUGCAAGCGAAAAAUGCCAGCCUUGUACGAAAUGUGACGCUCUGAUGUACGUCGGGCGUGCAUGUCAACCAAAAAGAGAUACAGAGUGUAUUCUUCUUUCGACGUUGUUUACAACAGAAAGUACAACUUCACCAAACACGCAAGAAUCCCAUAAUACGCUAUAUCUCGGCAUAGGAUUAGGUUUGGGCGCACUUGUGUUUGCUGGAGUAGUAAUUAUCAGUCUUGUAUGGUGGAAACGUAACCAUGCUGCUAGAAGCUCGUCAAAGGACCAACAUAGUUCUUCAGAAAGCACUCAUAGCAGCGAAUCAGAUCUGGGACCAACGUCCAAAAAUGAUGGCUUUAACGCUAUGUCUGAAACGUCUACUUUGAACGGUGGCCACAAUAUUCUUAGCAACCUUUCAUGUCCUGUUGAGAGUGACCAUUGUAUCUCAGGACCAUCCGUCGACCGUGGCAUUUUGAAGAAGGAGAAAGACAAUACAUUAUCUCAGAGUAUGAUGGAUAUCUAUUGCGAUGUGAUGUUGUCAGUCGGCGCAAUUAUAAGAUCUAACGAGGUGGUUGGUACCGGAUUUAGAGUAGGAAAACAAUACAUAGUAACCGCUCGGCAUGUUGUUAUGGAAAUUAUAGACCCAAGGAAAUGUGGAGCACAAAUCUUUUCAAAAUUAAAAGAAGCGUCUAUUGUGUUCACUGAUAAUCCGCUGGAUCCAUCGGCCAUGCACUACAACUUCAACGCAGAGAGUUUUUAUUUCGAUAAAGAUCUAGAUUUUGCUAUCCUAGAAAUAGCUCACACCGAUGGGAUGUUGCCAAAAAAGCUAACACUUAGAAAAGAACCAUUCAAUCGUGUCGACACUGUCUCGUUGAUUGGGUAUGGUCACCCAGGAAAUCCGAAUAAGCAUUUUGAGAACAGUUGCCAAAUCAUAGACAUAAAUUCACGUGCAAUUGAUAUUGCACACACAGUUUUCCGCCAAAACAUUGACAUAUUCCGUGAAGGCUUGCUGCAGACAUAUGAUCGCUCGAUGGUGGAUAACGGUUAUCAGGGCUACGAGUCCCAACAUUUAAUACUGAUGCAUUGCUUUAUGGAACACGGUGCUUCAGGUUCACCCAUUCUGGCCUGCGUCAAUCCAUCGGCAGGGAUCGUAGAAGUUGUUGGAGUUCUUACUCGUGGUUUUCCCGAAUUUUAUUUUUGUUUAGACAAAAGACAUAAAAAUUAUCUACCUGAUAAUUGUAGAUUUGAAGCAGGAUCCCGAAUGGAAUCUAUACAUGAACGCAUGACUGGCCUACCGAACGAAAUGAUGGCGGAUUUGUUUGGUUAAAGUACCUGAUAUGUAUUUCAUGAAUAUUAAUGAUGAAAUACAUACAUUUUACAAUGCUGAUAUCGUUGGAUCCCAGUGUCAAUCAGUAAAUUGUAAUGAUGUUAGCUAUUAUUAAGUAAUUUGUAAUGAUGUUAGCUAUUAUUAUGAAUUGUCUGGUUCCUACCUUAAUUUCUAGUGGCAUUAUUCAAUGUUCUACUCCUAAAAUGUUGUCCAGUCUAGCCUGGCCACAACAUAAUUAUUGCUGACCAGUUAAAUACUAAAUGUUUGUCCUUUUAUGUUUGUAUGCUUUGUACAAUAUUUAUUUAUUAAUUACUAAGCUCUGUAGUACUAAAUUUGUGUGAUAUUUUAAGUACGUGUAAACGCUAGUCUGAAGUAAUAUUAAGUAAGUAUUAUCAAGUUUUUUAAAGCAAUACUUUAUUUAUACUCAUAUUCUCUAUUGUUCUCAUCUACAUGAUUGUUAUAAUUAUGUUUCUUUGUAUGUGCUAUAUAUCAUGUUGCUAUCAUGCAAUGUAAUGUGUAAGUCGGCCUUAACACCUCUUCAGAGCUUGUGUUAUCAUGUUUGAAAUACCCGACUUUAUAAAUAAUUAUUACUUGACUAAAUAUUACUUGACUUGUUUUUCUUAUGGCAUAACUUUCUCCGUCAGCCAAUUAAAAUAGGAUCUAUCAAAUAAAAGUGCUACUUUAAAUAUUUUUGGUAAAUGUUACCACUUAAAACUGGCGUAAUCCACAGAUUUUUCCAUUAAAUGCUUAACACAUGCUGUUAUGGGUAAUAUUUCAGCCAUCUUGAUUUUUACUGUACCCGAUGAUCGUUGCCAGGUUGCGGUCAGCUAAAUUUACAACCUACGUAACGUUGUUCAUUGAUUUUCAAGUAUUUUAAAUAAAAUGUAUUCAAAUGAAAAUGGGAGAAAACGCUCUUUUGAGAUGUUUAUAUUGUCUAAUGUUAUUUUUGUUAGUUUAUAUUGUAUUGUAUUAGUUUAUCUUCCCUAGAACUUGUAUUUUUUUGGCAUCUCUUCUGAGCACCUGUUAAGGGUACAGUGAUAUAUGCGCCCGGCGAAUUUGUUGUGACAGGCGCACUGUGUCUUGUGUCGGGCGCAAUAUUCCAUGCGCUAGGCACAGGGCGCAGUGUGGCAUCGACAGUAGCAUAUAAAUAGCUGAGAUUUUCUCAUAAAAAAAUCCUCCUUUGAGUAACAUCUUCCAUACAACUUUUAUUUAGACAUUUGAGUAAGAAGAAAUAAUUAACAAACUGUGUUAAUAAAAUAAAACACCUGAAACAUAGUGUAAAAAUAGUGAAUACACAUAUAUAAAUGUAUAUUAAGACAUUUAUAUUUCGUUUAUAACAUUUCUUGCUGGAGA